AUGGCGGCGGCGGCGGCGUCGACGCCGCAGGGGGUGGCGGAGCGGCGGGGCAUCCCGGCGGCGGCCUUCGUCGAGGACGUCGAGGCCUACCUCCGCCAGGCCGGGCUCGAAGUCAACUCCGCCCUCGCCUUCCUACAGGAAAGGUUGCAGCAGUACAAAAUAGUGGAGAUGAAGCUUCUAGCACAACAAAGAGACCUUCAGGCAAAGAUUCCUGACAUAGAGAAGUGCUUGGAUAUUGUUGCAACAUUACAAGCUAAAAAGGAUUUGGGUGAGGCACUCAUAGCUGAUUUCGAAUUAUCCGAGGGAAUCUACUCCCGUGCAAAAAUUGAGGAUACCGACUCAGUGUGCCUGUGGUUGGGUGCAAAUGUGAUGUUGGAGUACUCUUGUGAUGAGGCCAAUGCCCUCUUGAAGAAAAACUUGGAAAAUGCCAAGGCCAGCUUAGAAGUCCUUGUUGCUGAUCUUCAGUUCUUGCGAGACCAGCAAACCAUCACUCAGGUUACAAUUGCUCGGGUAUUCAACUGGGAUGUACACCAACGGAGAAGCAAACAGGCUGUAAAAGAAACUUGA